AAAAAUAUUGCGCAGUUUGAAACAGCUGUAGUUGUUAUUUCAUUGUUGGCUUUUGGAAAUAAAACACGGGAAAAAGAAGACUAGACAGAUUUAAUAUAAACAUGUAUUUCUUUGAACUAGUUUGUAUUUUUCUGCUGAUACUUUUUUCAGAGGUACACGCGACAGCCCACAGGAAUUAUGGGAUAAAGGUAAACCUGGAAGAAGAAGCGCUGGAAGAAAUUAAUAAGGAGUUACUUGAUGAUCCAGAUUACGCCGAGGUAGAAGAUCUUGCAGACCAUUUAGAGACGUUUAAAAAAAUGUUCCUCGAGUUUGAAAAAGAUGCUGAAGGAAAUAUUGAUCUGGUAGGGUUAUCCCACAUGCUGGAGAAGGUCGGACAACCGAAGACACAUUUAGAGAUGAAGAAAAUGAUUCGAGAGAUAGACACUACAAACAAGGGAACAAUCUGUUACAGAGAUUUUAUCGCCAUGAUGUUAGGACCCAAAAGUUCAGAACUGAAAUUGAUAUUGUUAUCUGGAGAAAAGAGCUAGGCAGAGGAAAAGCGGACAGGGGUCCCUCCAAAGAGGGAUUCGGCAAGUUUGCCAUGGAAAUUGACAAUAUUUGAAUAGGAGAUAGUUUGGGACCAAAUUAGACUACUAUUUGAGCAAAUGAUAUUUGGAGAGUGAAAGUGCUGCGAUUGGUCCAGUAUAAACGAUUAAAAUGAUAUUUUGUUUCAGUUCAGUAUUACUGAACACUUAAUAAAUGUAUGCAAUUAUUGUUUAAAAUGUAUUUAGUUAGUUUUGUGAAGUCUUUACAGACGUUAAAAUGUGAAUAUACCGGUAUGUGUCACUUAUCUAAAUACUUUAAGUGCAAGUUACGUAACCUAGUAUUUUAUAAACUAGAACAUUUGGGGUUCAUAAGCAUUGUCAAGACUACAUAUUAAUAAUAAUAGAAAUAACGACUUUAUUUUAUAUGGAUAACAUAUUUGGUGUUUAACAAUUUUUCAAUAUGGUCCACAUGAUCAAACAGUUAAUACAAAUUAACUUAUAAAACUAACAAAUCAGAGAACAGUUAUGAUUAAACAAACAUUAAUACAGCUGAGUUAUAAACAAAUGUAACAUAAAACACAACAUUAUUUUUAAUUUUUGAGGUGUAUCUGAGUUUUGAGUAUAUGAUGGAAUAGCAUUCUAGAUUACUGACCCAGAGUAUGAUAGACAGGGAUUUGCAAAAGAUCAAAAGAUUUCUUUGCCCUAGGUUUAGGGACAUCCAGUUCAGCAUUAUCUCUGGAUCUAAAUUCAAUCUUUUACAUGAAAUUUGUACGGACUGAAAUUUAGAGUUUAGAUACUGGGGGCAAAUGUUAUGUAGGAAUUUGUAGACCAGGAGCCGUAUUCAUGAAGCAUAUUAAGUAUAAGUUAUGACUUAAGUUGAAGAUUUUACUUAAGUUUGUGGUGAUUUUAGCUUAAGACUAAGUAUAACUUAAAUCCUAUUCAUAAAACAGCUUAAACUUAAGAUACGUAAGAAAUGACUUAAGUCAGAAAACAAAAUAGCGUCGUGAGUACGGGUAAAGUGUUAUUUUUCAGAUAAAAUCACUUUAAACAUAAUUGUGCAUGUUGUAUCUGUCUGAAAUUUAUGUUUUUUUUUUAAUGUUUUCGUCCACAAUAAAAGCCAAGAAUUACUUAACAAGUUGUUUUAUGAAUAACAAAUAUAUUUAAGUAAAAUAAAUUUUUUACCUAUGUAAUACUGAAGUAAAUGAUCAAUUUCUUAUACUUAUACUAAAGAUGGCUUAUGAAAACGGCCCCUGAACAGCCUUUUCAUAAUGAAUUCAUUGAGGAAAAGUCAUUCAUUUGAGUUCUGUGAAGAGUUCAACUGAUGGUGCAAUGAAAUCUUUCUCAAGAAUAAUUCUUGCAGGUCGUUUUUGAAAUUGCCCGAAAUUGUACAACAAUAGUUUAGAUGUGGUAGGAUGUAUGCAUUAAAGAAAAGCUUGCGGGAAUAUAUACUGAGAAAAAAUGUUAUUCUUAGCAGAAGGUAUAUAUGAGUGUUUCACAUUGUCGGUGUAUUUUCAACUUGAAUCUGCCAUUUAAGAUUUUUAUCAACCUGAACCCCUAAAAGCUUGAAUGCAGAUAUAAAAAUUUUCGUUUUGGUACAUUUGGAAUAAUAUAGUUUUGUUGACACCAUUUUUCAACAAUAUUGACAUCAGUCUUGGAGAUAAGUGUGAAUUUAGCAACUGUUUUGCCUCACGCAGAGAUAUUGUUGUAUCAUUAGCAAACAUAUCCUCUGUAGAGUUACAUGUGAGAAGUGGCAAGUCAUUUAUAUAUAGAACAAAUAAUUAUAAUAGAGGCCCAAGGACAGAUCCUUGGGGUACACCUGCUGAGAUAUUUUGUGCUUCUUAUAGAUGUCCAAAUACAGAAACCCUCUGUUUACGAUUUGUUAAAUAUGAUGUGAACCGAGUAAUAGAAGAGCCACUGAAAUGAUAUAACAUUAGAUUGCUUAAAAAAGAGAAUGAUUUAUAAGAUCAAAGGCUUUGGUCAGAACUAGGAAUAUUAUCCCAACACAGGGUGUUUACAGUUAUAAUCCAGUCGUCAAUUAUACUGGUUAGCCGAGUUUUCUCGUGCAUUUUUUUUUAAACCGUUGCAACGUUUUACUUUUGGAAACAUUGAUAAAUACAGAACGAGAGUAUUUUUAGACACUAUCAUCACGUGGUAAGAAACUUCGCGCAUGCGUAGCAGAUUGGCGGACUAUCGUUAUUUUGGAAGUUUUUCUUUGGUUUUCAGCACGAUCGAGUCAUCAAAACAAGUUUAUAUUGUCUCCUUCAUCUUACCUGAUACAAUUCCUUCCAAAAUCUAGGUUCUCUCAGGGUAUACAGGCCGAUCCGAGACUUUUUCGUGCACACUUGAACGAGAUAAUCUCUACCCCUGCACCUUUUCGUAACGUCCCGGGUCCAUCGGCACGAAGCAGUUGUUCGACACCGUUCAUCACAUCUACAUCUCUGUGAGUUAAACUUGUAACGAAUUUCAGCUAUUUUUAUAGAAAAACAUCAACUUCGUCGCCAACUAUUCGGUAUCUGAGCCCGGUAUUUGAGCCGCAUAAUGUCUAGUAUUCCACCGUCCGGACCGGUAAGCAACAUGUUGGAAUAUUUUCAGGAUAAUAGCGAUGGUAUCAAGCCUAUGUAUACAAUGAAUAAUCAACAUCAUAAAAGUAGCGUUUACUUAAGAAAUUAAUUAAUAUGCAUGACCUGAUAUAUUCUUAUAAAUAGCGCAGACAAAAAACCCUCUCAGUUCUAUUGUAACAAUGAUAAAUCUGAAAGAUUUCGCUCGGUCCUCAUUGGUAAAAAAUGCAAAAUGGCAUACAAAAAGGUAUAUAAUAAAAGGAUCAUUAUACCAGUAAGUAGACCCGGCACUCGUGGAUCUUGCCAAGCCGGAUCCCAGAUCAAGCUAGUAUUAUAAUUGCUCUAUUUAUAUAUUAUACAAAUAAUAAUUAUUCAUUUUUAA